CAUGCCCAAGAUGCGCAAGGUAGGACCCAGUUACAUCGAGCCGCUUUGGAUGGCGAUGUCGACCAAGUGCGCUCUCUGCUCGAAGCCGGGGCUGCUGUUAAUACCCAAGAUGUCACUGGAAAUACACCGCUUCACUCUGGCGUCACGGGUCAAAACGUUGAAAUCGUUGACCUCAUUCUUCGAUUUGGAGCUGACGCAGAUGCAAUAAACCACCUGGGGCGUGCUCCUCUUCACCUGGCAAUU